AUGAAUCGGUACAAGGUCACCAAGCAGCUGGGCGACGGCACCUACGGGUCCGUGCUCAAGGCCGUGAACCGCCAGUCCGGAGAGGUGGUGGCCAUCAAGCGCAUGAAGAAGAAGUUUUACUCGUGGGAGGAGUGCAUGCAGCUGCGCGAAGUCAAUUCGCUCAAGAAGCUCAACCACCCCAACAUCAUCAAGCUAAAGGAGGUGAUCCGCGAGAACGACGAGCUGUACUUCGUCUUCGAGUACAUGGAGUGCAACCUGUACGACACCAUGAAGAAGCGCGACCGGCACUUCCCCGAGUCCAAGAUCCGCAACCUCAUGUACCAGAUGCUGCAGGGCCUGGCCUUCAUGCACAAGCACAGCUUCUUCCAUCGAGACAUCAAGCCCGAGAACAUGCUGGUCAAGGGCGACACCGUCAAGGUGGCCGACUUCGGGCUGGCGAGGGAGAUCCGGUCACGUCCACCCUUCACGGACUACGUGUCUACCCGCUGGUACCGAGCCCCGGAGGUGUUGCUGCGAUCCACGACGUACAAUUCCCCCAUCGACGCCUGGGCCAUGGGCUGCAUCAUGGCCGAGCUGUUCACACUGCGACCACUGUUCCCAGGCAGUAGUGAAGGCGACCAGCUCUAUAAAAUCUGCUCCGUUCUGGGCAACCCGACGCACAGCACGUGGCCCGAAGGCAUGAAGCUCGCGGCGCAGAUGAACUACCGCUUCCCGCAGUUCGUGCCCACGUCGUUAGCGCAGCUGAUCCCGCACGCGAGUCCCGAGGCGCUUCAACUCAUGACCGACUUGCUCAAAUUCGACCCGAACCAGCGACCGACGUCUAGUCAGGCGCUGCAGUACCCGUUUUUCCAGGUGAACGUGAACUCAGCAGCAUCAUCAGCAGCAGCAACAGUAUGA